CACCUGCCCUGAACUAGAAGCCUACAGUGGUGCUGACAGCCAAGACGCCUCUCUGUCGCCCCAGCCUCCCUCAAGCCCAGCUUCCCAUCGCCAAGCACCUCCCCGCAGUCCGCCCGCCUUCACUCCGGAGUCCACCACAGCGCAAAGCUGUACGCCCAGAGUGCGCCCCCCGCCCUCACCGGGACAGGGGACCCCGCCACCGUUAUGCUGCCCGCGGUCUACACCGCUCUGGCGGGGUUGCUGCUCCUGCCGCUGCUGGUGCACUUCUGCUAUCCCUACUUCUUCAAGGACUUGGCCUUCUUCCUCCGGGUGGCACGCAUGGCGCGGAGGGUGCGCAGCUACGGACAGCAGCGGCCAGUGCGCACCAUCCUGGAUAUCUUCCUGGAGAAAGCGCGCAAGACGCCACACAAGCCUUUUAUCCUCUUUCGCGAUGAGACGCUCACCUACGCGCAAGUGGACCGGCGCAGCAAUCAGGUGGCGCGGGCGCUGCACGACCACGUCGGCCUGCGCCAGGGAGACUGCGUGGCGCUCUUUAUGGGCAAUGAGCCGGCCUACGUGUGGCUGUGGCUGGGGUUGGCUAAGCUGGGCUGUGCCAUGUCGUGCCUCAACUACAACAUCCGCGCCAAGUCCCUAUUGCACUGCUUCCAGUGCUGCGGGGCGAAAGUACUACUGACCUCACCAGAGCUACAAGCAGCUGUUGAAGAGGUGCUGCCGAGUCUGAAAAAAGAUGGUGUGUCCGUCUAUUAUGUGAGCAGAACUUCUAACACGGAUGGGAUUGACCCUUUCCUGGACAAGGUGGAUGAAGUGUCAACUGAACCUACCCCAGAGUCUUGGAGGUCUGAAGUCGCAUUUUCCUCUCCUGCCCUAUACAUUUAUACCUCAGGAACCACAGGUGCUACUCUUGCUUUACGGACCAAAUUUUCAGCCAGCCAGUUUUGGGAUGACUGCAGAAAAUACAAUGUCACUGUCAUUCAGUAUAUCGGUGAACUGCUUCGGUAUUUAUGCAACUCUCCCCAGAAACCAAAUGACUGUGAUCAUAAAGUAAGACUGGCAAUCGGAAAUGGCUUGCGAGGAGAUGUUUGGAGAAAAUUUGUCAAGAGAUUUGGGGACAUUCAUAUUUAUGAGUUCUACAGUACCACUGAAGGAAACAUUGGGUUUGUGAAUUACACAAGAAAAGUCGGUGCUAUUGGAAGAAAAAACUACUUACAUAGGAAAGUCGUGUCUUAUGAGCUGAUAAAAUACGAUGUUGCGAAAGAUGAACCUGUCCGAGAUGAAACUGGAUAUUGCAUCAAAGUUCCCAAAGGUGAAGUCGGACUCCUAGUUUGCAGAAUCACACGACUUACACCGUUUAGUGGCUAUGCUGGAGGAAAGACUCAGACAGAGAAGAAACAACUGAGAGAUGUCUUUGAGAAAGGAGACCUUUAUUUCAACAGUGGAGAUCUCCUAAUGAUUGACCAUGACAAUUUCAUCUACUUCCAAGACAGAGUUGGAGAUACAUUCCGGUGGAAAGGAGAAAACGUGGCCACCACUGAAGUCGCUGACACGGUAGGACUGGUUGAUUUUGUCCAAGAAGUUAAUGUUUAUGGAGUGCCCGUGCCAGGUCAUGAGGGUCGAAUUGGCAUGGCCUCUAUCAAGAUAAAGGAGGACUGUGAAUUUGAUGGGAAAAAACUCUUUAAGCACAUUGCUGAUUACCUGCCUUCUUAUGCAAGACCCCGGUUUCUAAGAAUACAGGACACCAUUGAGAUCACUGGAACUUUCAAGCAUCGCAAAGUGACCCUCGUGGAGGAGGGCUUUAACCCUGCAGUCAUCAAAGAUUCUUUGUAUUUCUUGGAUGACCAAGCAAAAAUGUAUGUGCCUAUGACUGAGGACAUUUAUAAGGCCAUAAAUGAGAAAACUCUGAAACUCUGA